UUUUAUAAAACUAACAACGCAAAUCGGUUCGCUAUUCCGCGAAUAAUUCGAGUUGUGUAUCCUGUUCAUUUUCUGCUACAAUAUCAAAAUUAAAAUAAAUUUCGGAAAAACAAGAAUUUUUUUUACGAAUUUCAUUGUGAAUGUGAUAUAUACGGUAUAAUCAGAUGAAAAUGUGACCGAUAUAUUGUGGAUUGUGUGUAAAAAAAAAUUGUUUGGUGUAAGAGAAAUGGUAUGACCACCGGUGGUUCAUAUGAAAUUUAAAAUUAAAAAACAGUAACACCAUUCGAGUUGAGGUGUUCCUGUUACGUGUGUGCCCAAUUGAAACAACAUCGGGCUACACGGGAUGCUCAAUCAUCAAUCACUUGGACCCCAAUCCUCAACGGGAAAGCAAGUGGUCGAACUAAAUGGCUAUGUGAUAAUAGUGGUCGAAAGUCGUGAUGGUAAAAUUAAAUUAUACGGUUCGCCCGCCGACAAAGACAAUCUGGAAGUGGGCGACGAAAUAUUGGACGUCAACGAACGAAAACUGGAAGAUCUACCCAGGGCCGAAGUUAUUCGAUACAUACAUGAGUGCAUACAGUCUUGUGUGAUAAAGCUACGGGUCAAGCGUUGCAGUGCUAGACUUGCUGGUGAACUUGGUAACGCCGUACAAGAUGCAUUUGUUAUUGCUGUGGAACAGCAAGCCAGGGAACGGUUGCAGCGACUAUCAGCUCUUAAACGAAUCACCCCUGUGGAUAUGUCACAGCUUUCAAUUAAGCUGAAUCAACAGAGUCAAACCAAAGGUGCUACGACCCAAGAUUACAGUUUUCUGAAAGAAGCCUCACCCAUCUACGUGACUUCAUUAACCGGCAAUCACGUAUCCGGCACCACAACGAUAACCACCGCAACCAGCAUUACUAACAAUUGUGUAUCGGGUACAAAUAAUAAUCAACAAACGUCCACCACCAUAACUCCGCCGAUAACCGUUACAUCCGGUCAACAGAAUUUGAACAAAAAUAUCCAAAACAACACCAUUACCCAUCAAGCAUUGAUCAAUCAUAACGAAAGUGGAUCUGGUUUAUCUACGAUAGCUAAUAAUCAAGUGACGUUAUCUUCAACGAAUAAUCAACAUUUUGUAAAUUUAAAUAAUAACAAUAAUAGCAAUAUUAGUAACUCUGGUGCUGGUAAUUCGAUAAAUAAAUUUCAUGCGAAUAGUAAUAACGAAUUGUUAGCCAAUGGUCACGGACCAAGACGUGGGUUGUCAACAUUAUCUGAAGGUGAUUCUGAACCACCAGAUGAACCAUACCAUCAACUAAGCAUAUCAAAAGGAAGUGCAUUGCCAUCUGGCGGUACGGAGGUAUUGUUAGGCGAUCAGUCUUCACGACCAGAUAAUAGGAAUCGUCGCAGGUCCAGUGUAAACUUAAAUUCACUUGGCGAGGAGACAAUAAAAUCACGUCUGCCUUUUGAUGACUAUUUGGGUCACGGUGAAUAUCACGACGAAAGUAAAAAAGACGUUGAACUGGAAAUGCUAACAAUGCUAUCUGUGAAUCAAGAUAAUGGUCCUCAUCGUGAGAUGGCCGUCGAUGUGCCUGAAUCAUUUAUAGCCAGAAAUAAAACACCACCACGAUAUCCACCGCCUCGUCCACCAAAUCAGGUAAAUCACAUUCCCAACGGUGCUCAGCCACAAGUGGCAAAAUCCUCGAACGGUGGCGUCAAUUUAGAAUUACAAUCACUCGACUCAUUUACAUUACACCACAAAAGUACACCAUCCAUCGAUAGUACCACUGAAUUUAGUAAAAAAUCGUCCAGUAAAGGUCCGUCGUCGUUAGGCUCGACGUGCGAAUCGAUCGGUUUCGAUUCGAUGAGCUAUCGAACGAAAUCUCGUGGCUCGCUUAGUACGCGAAGCUCAUCGUCCGGCGAAAUUGGACCGCCCGAAUAUGAUUUGGGACCGCAUCGGGAAUUGCCGGUCGAUGUGCCGGAUAGUUUUGUAGAAAUAAAAAAAGCUCCGCCACGGUAUCCGCCGCCAAAACCGCCGGUAGUUAAGACAAACGAUGUGGCAGUGGUAAAUGGAACGUUAUUGGAGAAACAAUCGUCGCAGCCACAGGCUCCACUACGAAACAAUGAGCUCAAUGGAUCAGUACGACCGAUACCACCUCCACGUGAUCAUCUGCAUAUGGAAAAAGAUGGCCGUUUGGUGAAUCGUGCCCCAGCACCACAAGUUCCCGAUCGUAAAACGAAUCACAUACAAAAUAGUCAAAUUGCACAAAUACUUGAUCCGACAUCCGAACAAUUGGAUUCCAUAAAAAAGUAUCAGGAACAACUGAGACGUCGUCAAGAAGCCCAAGAACGAAUACUGCAACAGAAUGAAUUUCGACGUGCUAGCAUACGUGGCUCACGUAAAUUGCAAGCACUCCAGGACAGUCCUCUGCAAGAUCGACCUGUCGGCAUCGAAAACGAUGCAUAUGCCGAAGACGAGGAAAUCGAAGUCAUUGCAGGAUACGGUGAACUUGUAGCUGGUCUACAAAAGCUCCAAAAUGAACUAAACAAACAGGGACUGGCUGGUCUGGCCAGUCGUGUGACUGCCGCUCAGCAGUUACUAUCCGGACCAAAUAUUGCAAGAGCUCUAGCCAUACGAACAGCUGUAUUGUUAAGACGUCGACCUAGAAUACAACCAUUAUGUGCCACUGCUCAAACGAUAGCCAAAGAUUGCGUUGAACUGCUAACCCAAUCCAAUCAGCCUGCAGCUGUUGAACUUUAUGACCUUCUGUCCACGUACGAAAUGGAAGGCUUAUUACUGGCACAUGAUCGUAUUGCCAGCACAACAGACAGAACGCCAGCAUCAUUCGUUCACUCUUCUUCCGAUGCAUUCACAAACAAAAUACAUAAUCAAAGUGCGAACAUCAUCAACAACAAUGUACUCAAGCAACGCGAACCGAUUAGUACUCCAAUGCUUCGGGAUCAAGACCCCAUUAGGAUAAUUCAAAUCGAAAAAUCGUCCGAUUCGCUUGGAGCAACCAUAGUCAAUGAGGGUGAUGCCGUUGUAAUAGGUCGCAUUGUAUGUGGUGGUGCUGCCGAAAAGUCUGGUCUUCUACACAAAAACGACGAGAUUCUCGAAAUCAAUGGCAUCGAAAUGAGCGGCAAAUCGAUUAACGAAGUGUGCCAGCUGCUCAGUUCAAUGGUCGGAACUUUAACGUUUUUAAUUGUGCCAGGCGGUACGGCACCGACCAGCCGAGAGCCACAAAUAUUGCAUGUACGUGCGCAUUUCGACUAUAAACCGGAGGACGAUAUGUACAUUCCAUGUCGGGAAUUGGGAAUUAGCUUUACCAAAGGUGAUGUGCUGCAUGUGAUAUCGCGAGAAGAUGCAAAUUGGUGGCAGGCCUAUCGUGAAGGCGAAGAGGGUGCAACAUUAGCUGGACUAAUACCGAGUCAGUCGUUCCAACACCAGCGCGAAUCGAUGAAAAUAGCAAUAGCUGGUGAAGCCGGCCUGGUUGGUGGCCGAGGGAAAGGUACCAGCAAAGGAUCGACGCUGUUGUGUGUGAAAAAGUCGGGCAAACGGAAAAAGAAAGUGCAUGCCACUAGCGAGGCCGGUUAUCCAUUGUACUCGUCAACCACGCCAGAUGAUCCUGAACCAGAAGAAAUACUCACUUAUGAAGAGGUUGCAUUAUACUAUCCAAGGGCUUCGUAUAAACGACCAAUCGUUUUGAUUGGUCCGCCGAAUAUUGGACGACAUGAACUCCGUCAAAGACUGAUGGCCGAUUCUAGAUUCGCUGCUGCUGUGCCACACACGUCACGUACUCGUCGUGAUGGUGAAGUCCCCGGCCAGGACUAUCAUUUUAUUUCUCGAGUGCAAUUCGAAGCUGAUAUUCUGGCGAGAAAAUUUGUCGAACACGGCGAAUACGAACGAGCAUACUACGGUACAUCACUGGAAGCCAUCCGAACCGUCGUAUCGAGUGGAAAGAUAUGCGUCCUGAAUCUGCAUCCACAAAGCUUGAAAUUGCUGCGAGCAUCCGACUUAAAGCCAUACGUCAUACUGGUAUCACCGCCGUCACUCGAUGUGCUGAGGCAGAAAAAAGUACGCAGCGGAGAAGCGUUUAAGGACGAAGAUCUGAAGGACAUUAUAGCAACUGCCCGAGACAUGGAAGCUAGAUGGGGACAUCUAUUCGAUGUCAUUAUCAUAAACAACGACACAGAACGAGCUUAUCACAAACUGUUAACCGAAAUCAAUUCGCUAGAACGUGAACCGCAAUGGGUUCCAGCCAAAUGGUUGCACAAUUAGCGUCGAAUGUAAUUUAGGCAGAGAUGAAUCACGUCCGGUUGAACCACAUAGGUAUAUAGCACAUGUUAACGAUGAACAAAAGUCACGAAUUUCUUUCCGUUCAGUUCCGGUCACGAAGUUUCGGUUAAUUUUUCACCAUUUUCCGUAUUCGGUUUCGUUUGCUUCGAUUUGUGGAUGUCGUUGAACGACAAAGGUAGUGCUAAGGCGUUACACUUAGUCUAAUCACCAAACCGUAACCGAGUUAGAUAGACAGUUCUUCAAGUGAAAAGUUUAUUUGAAUUUAACUGGUAAACCUUACUGUGACUCCGAAAACUCCGAUUCACUGCAGUCCGAAAACUGUUCAAUGUUUUCGGAGAACAAAUCUGAACAAAGAUUUUGUUGCGUCAAUUUUUGGUUCAAUUUUACCCGAAAACAUUUAUCCGUCCCUUUGUUGUUGCAUCCAGCAUUGAAACUCGUUUGUGAAAUAAUUUCUUCCACAACCAACAAACUGCAGCGAAAAAAUGAGAUGUUUGUCUGUAUGGACUACCGUCCAUGGAAAACCUACACUACAACACGUAGACUGGUCCCGAUUAAAUUUUAUAACACGAAAUCUGAGUUGAUUGAAUCGAGUUAUUGAAUUUAAGUCACCGAUACGGUCGGUAAGUGUUUCAGUUGAAUUCCGAAUACUUUUCGCUUGAAGACUGGUCACAAAACGUAGGGGGGAACAAGAUGGAAAUUUCAUUCAUUAACGGGUAGAGAAGCAAAUUAUUUUGCCAAUUAAAAUGUUAAUUUUGUGCACGUUAGUUAUAUGUAAAAAAUGUAACCAAAAAAGAAAACAAAAAAAAAACGAAAAACUUCGACAGACUCGAGAGUUUUUCAAAUCUAUUGAGAUAUAUCAUCAACAGAAAAAAUGUGUUCGAACUAACAUUAAACAAUGAAAAUUAAGAAAAACUAAUUUUAGAUGAAACGAAGACAUUAAAAUUGGGGGUGAGAUUACAAAUAAUAUCGGCUAGCCAAUCAUGCAUGACUGACCAUUCCAUUCAGAAAAAAGGACGUUUUGCGCAUUGUAAAGGCUCAUAACAUCCACCACGGCAGAUUGCGCUAGCCUAGGACAUUUUCAACGAUGCGAAUUUAAAUUUAAAACUGAAAACUCAAAAUCCAAAUUUUCGGCGUUCCUGUAACACAUUGAGAUUCACGCUACCAACCAUGCAGAAUUCAUUUCAAGUCCGUUAUCGCGUCAACAAAAUUGGUUAAAACAAACAGAAAAACUAUUUAGUGAAUCCUACUGACUUCUGAUAUAUCAGAGUAGCAUGCUGUACUCGGAUGAAAAGAGUUGCGGUCCUUCGCAUUUUUUCCAGUAUGAAUUUCUGAAACAGAAAAAUCAUCCACAUCUUACUCGCAGGCCGUAGUAAAUCAAAACCAGGGUAAGAUCGACUUUAAAUCCGACACUAAAACAUUUGUACAACUUUAACGAAUAUGAGGAUCCUAACAGUUCAUAAUAUCGAUGCCAUGUUCGCCAUGUUCAUGUUUAACGUUUCAAGAAAAUUUAUUUCGUUCGAUAUUUGUGCUGGAACAGUGUUACCGGUUAAAGUCAUGCACAUUUUCGACGCUAACACUUUUUAACGAUUUGCAAGAAUUCGUAGGAAAUAGCGACACCAAAGUACGUUUUCAGGAAUUUUCAAGAAGCAGUUUAAGGAAUUGUAAAAACUAAUUCUUCAAAAUUGUUAAAUUAAAGAAACUUUGGGAAGUUAAAGAUUCGCAAAAUUUUUGAGGAUUUACUUCUUGAAAAUUCUUCAAAUUCUCAUAAUUCUUAAAUUUAAGAAUUUUAUGAAUUUUCAAGAACUUUGAAGAAUUUUUAGGAAUAUAAUACCUAAAAUAGGCUAUGGUUUAAACUUUAAAGACAGUAGCCACAAUUUUCCUCUCAUCUAAAUAGUAUCGGCCAUCAAUUCAAUAAAAAUUUGUGUUCUUUUGAUGAAUGAAAAUGCUGCUACCUCAACAUUACCGCCUCUGUCCACAAUAGAUUUAAUUAACGUAAAAGCAAAAUAAAAUGAUCGAGUCUGGUCUCUGACAAUUGAAACUCAAUUGUCACCAACCAGACUCGAUCAUUUUAUUUCGCUUUCAUUUUAAGUUCUUUGCAUUCAAAACAAAACCAAAAGUCAGCAAAAAUCCCUCUAUUUCUCAUUAAAAGCAUCCUUUUUCAAGUGCAGUCAAGAGUGUAUUGAAAUGCAUCUCCGUUAAACAUUUUCUUUUCUGUCUCCCCAGUAUUUAUUGCAAUGCAAAGAAUUUAAUCAGGAAAAGGACAUUUUGUUUUUAUAGUUCACCUGCAUCACCAUGCGCGGAUAUAUUUUUUUCGAACUCUCCUUAAUUUUCUUUAGAAAAAGAAAGGUUUUUGGGCGAGAGAAGAAAACAUUUUUUUUUGUCGAGAUGAAGAAGUUCUUUAAGAAACAAAUUACUCGGAACGUAAUAUAAGUAUUAACGUGAGAAAUAUUUUUAAUGUUACUAAAACAAAAUCAAAAUAAAAUAUUCAAAUGAAAACAAACAAAAAAAUUAUUGCAAAAGGAAACACUGCAACGUGAAAAAGGUUUUUUUAAAAAAAGAGUAAAUUGCCCGUGCCACACAACAUAUGAGUGAAGUAGUGCCUAUAUUUAGGAGUUUGAUUCUUUAAAAUUCCAUUAAAAUCUUCAAAAACUCCUAAAAAUUCCAAUUUUUUUUUAAUUCAGAAAUUUAGGAAUAUUGAGGAAUUUUUAAAAAGUUUUAUGAAAUUUCUAAGAUUUAAAUUCCUAUACAUAGUCCCUUGAGUAAAGUACAGACAUCAUUCCAUUUUCCGAAUUCCCUCCUGAUUUCGUGGGCAACAUCACUAAAGAGCGUAUCUCUUUUCCUGAAAGGUAGUAGUAGAAAGUACUGAAUUUUAAGCCUGACAUAAGGUUAAUCGGCAAUGCAGCUCGGAGGAUAUUGUCGAAAAACAAAAAGUCUCUAGAAAAUUUGCCGAAAAAUGAUUGACUUUAUGCGACGCAACCUUACAUGCUUGGUUCAAUGCUAUGGUAUGAAAUAUAUUGACAGUUAACGCCGUACGUUCGCUGAAAAGGCAUGAAAAUUGGCUAGGUCUGACCAAUUUGAUAUAGUCCACGUGCGGUACACUCAUAUUAGAGUGCCUCCAAAUUUACUUUUCAAUUUAUUUUAUCACGGGGACUGUUUUGAGGAUUAAGGAUUUUCAGAAAUCUUGCUAUUCACUUGCGGAAUUUGAAAACUAACACAUUUUUGGUGUUGUGGUAUACUGGCUUUAUGUGAAUUUUGCAUGCAUUUUAUAUGGAGAAACCCGAAAGUCAAGUAAAACACAGAAACAGGAAAUAUGUCGGUUUUCAAUAUUCUGCGAGUGUAGCAAGCCUUCUGAAAAUUCUUUAAAAAAUCCUCAAAAAGAAGCAUAUUUUAGAAACUUUUCAGAAAAUUAAGAAUUUUAAGAAUUUCCUACUUGUUCAUCCACUUAUUCACACAAAAUUUAAAUUGUCAACCGCACUUACGGCAUGAAUAUCGUAUGUGUACGUACAUGCUAGGUUCUGAGAGUACAGGUUAAGACACUCACGAAGACGUCUGGCAGCAGAAUUUGAACGGUUCAGUGGAUUACUGUCAUAUAAAAAUUUUUAGUACACGCAAUGUUCUCUUCUUAGUCUACGGAAGAACCCAUAGAAACAUUUGCUCCCACAGAUUACUUGCAUCAAUUCAGAAGCUGUGAUUUAGGAAGGUUUAAGAACCUAGUGUAUCAGUGUUUUAUGGCACGGGCACGAAUGAUGGAAAAAAUGGAAAGGAUAAAAAUGACGAAGCAGAAGUGGAAGUUAUGAUAAAAUAAAUAUCCUAAUAAAUGUACGUGUCUUUAAAAUUAAAAUAAAUAAAAGAAAAAAAAAUCUAAAAAUAAUUUAUAGAAAAUGAGGUUAUUAUGAGAAAUCAAUUCCAUGAAAAAUAGAAAUUAAAUACAAAAAAAAUGCUCGAAUCUUAUUAUUAAAUUAAUGGAAAGACGGACGAAGAGGAUGAGAAGGACGAAAGAAAAAUAACUGAAUUUUACUUACAUACAAAGAAAAUAAAAAAAUUACAAAAAAAGUUUACUUAGAAUAUUGUGGUGUGUACAUAGAUGAAAAAUUUGUGUUUUUUUAGAUUCAAAAAAAAAAUUAAAUUAAAAAAAUUGAAAUUGAACUAUUGAAAACUAAUAAAAAUUUAUUUAAAAAUAAAUUGGAUUAAAAAUAAUAAAAUAAAAAAAGAAAAGAAAAAAUCAAUCGUAUCCGCGAAUAGACAAGAUUAUAUAUUAAAAUGCAAAUUAUACUUAUAUAUACACGUUUUGUGGUAAAACAAAAUUAGAUUUAAAGAAAAAUUACUUUCGUUUAUAAAUAUAAAACAAAAAUUUACGAUAAAAAAGUGUUAAAAACUAGAGACAAGACGUAACGUUGAAUGUUUUAAAUGUAAAGAUUUUUUUGUAAUUAUUAUUAUUAUUAUUACUCUGAAUAAUCGAGUACGUGACCGAGGGAAUCUGCAAUCAGCGUGUACAUUACCUUCUAAACGCUUAUUGUCUUUCUAAGCGAUAGGAAGAUGGAUUCAACUUGAUGCCAAAUCGAUCGCUUAAUUCGAUUACUCUACUAGUCGUCGACGAAGGCUUGUCGUGCAAUAGUUAUUUACGUCACAACGAGGAUUUGUUUGUAGAAUUGUUUGAGUAGAAAAUGUUGCAAUGGAAAAAAAGACAUUUUUGUGAUGUGUUCUUGACUGUUUUUCUCUACAAAUGUAGUUCUUCAGUUGAACUUUGUAAGUAUUCUUGGAUUUCACAUCCUUUGAAAAAAUGUAGGACGGUUUGUGUCCAACGUGACUAGAUCGAAUAUGAAAGAUUAAACUGAUGUCCAUAAUCCUAUUGUGACAGUGAGCUUAUUUUGACACUAAGCCUGUUUUGACAGUGAGUCUGUUUUGACAGCGAAGAUGUUUUGACACUGAGCCUGUUUUGACACUGAGCCUGUUUUGACACUGAGCCUGUUUCGACACUGAGCCUGUUUUGACACUGAGCCUGUUUUGACAGUGAGCCCGUUUUGACAGUGAGCCCGUUUUGACAGUGGCCCGUUUUUACAGUGAGCUUGCUUUUACAUUAAGCUUGUUUUGACAAGAAGCCUGUUUUGACAGUGAACCUGUUUUGACACUGAGUCUGUUUCUGAACCUUUUUUGACCACGAUAAGGCAAAUGAAAGGCAAAUACUUAACCUAAAAAAUUCUUUCGUAAACGGUAAAAAUGUGUUCUGAGUGACAUUCAGCAAUUUCAUACUGUCCGGAUCACCGCAACGGCGAUUGUUUAACAUUGACCACUGCUUUAGCCAAACUUUGAUCUGCUGCAUCUAAUCGUUAAUAAGCUUUCAAAAGGCCUUUAUACGCUGAUUGCAGAAGACGGGUUUUUCCGCUCCUAACGCACUUGCAUUUGAAAGUGUUAAUUUGUUACAAGUUUCUCUUGAUUUUUAAAAUUUAAAAUAUUUUUACGCUCAACACUAUAUAAGAACAACAUAUUUAUUAAACACAACAACAAACAAAUACAAAAAUACUGAACGUUAGCAAGGGAUACAAAAAAAAACCGAAGUGAAAACUAAUAAACGAAAUAUUUAAUAAUAAAU